CCAAGAAUUAUGGGUAAAGAGUGGUCAUGGGGUGGUCGUUCCACGAACAUAAGGAGAGCAGAGAAGGACACCUCUGGUUGUAUGAGUGGUGUACUUCAGCUACUCUUUGAUUUUCAUCAGUUUCAGUUUCCUUUACACCAACCUAGCUUCAAGAACCCCAACUCCUUUCUUCCCGAAGAACCCACAAUCCUCAAAGGUUUAGAAGCACCGAGGAAUAGCUUGGAAUCAGAGGAGGGUCUUUGCAUGGGAACUGUGCCCUUGUCUUCAAUCACGAAGGAAGGCCACUUGAAUCUUCCAAUGGCAAUUCGAGUAGGGACAAAGAUUGAUAAUGGAAGAAGAUCAGGAGAGACAAAAGAUUUCAUGGAGGAAAUAUCUUCAGAGACCAGCACUUCACCUGUGACCAAAACCCCAAAUCUCGUAGCUCGUCUCAUGGGUCUUGAUCUCCUGCCUGAGAGUUCCUCUCUUUCUUCCUCCUCAUCUUCCUCCACUUCUUCAAAGCCUCACCAAGACCACAAUUUUCAAGAGAAACUUGCCUGUGAAGCAGUGAAGAGAGAUCUUCGAUCCCGGCGAACUGUCCACAGUAGAAGCAACGGUAACAUGAAUUUCAUAGAGAAUGAAGUGAGGUACGAGAUGACGGGGAGCCGUUCUUUACCAGAGACUCCACGAAUCUCUUCGGCUAGAAGAUCAUCAGAUACGGAUCCCAGGCUCUCUCUUCAGAUCAACAAAGAGAACCUGAUGAUUCCACCUGAAGAAUUUACUUCCAGAAACUCUUUUUCUUGUUCUCCUUAUUCCACGAAGUUGAGGAGGAAAGAGUUGAGGCAAGAAGACGAGAACCGAAACCCGAGCUACUAUGCUCGACAAAUCGUCAAACAGGUGAAAGACAGCAUUGGAAGAAGAAAAAUGGGUAUGGACAUUACAAACACCACCAGAAAUAGAGCGAGCGAAGGUGAUAGUCCCACGAUCAAGCCCCAGAAAACAAGACUUCUAAGUCAUACAAAAAAGGGAGAUGAAUCGAGCCCAGGCAAGCACUCGGAACCAUCACGCUCUCCACGGCUCAGGUUCUUGGAGCAGGAGAAUAAACGGGUCACGGCGACAUCAACCAGUCAUGAUCAAUGCUCACAUGGUCUAAAACGUUCCUCACAACCAUCAUUAUCGCCAAAAGUUCAUAGGAAACCAAAAGCGCAACAAGCAACGACGAAAUGCAAGAAAGGUAGAAGCAGCAGCGAGCGAUUCACUCAACGUCUCACAAAGCCUCCUCAAAUUUCGGAGACAGUUAGAAACAUGAGAGAUGAAUCAUUUGUCCGUGCAACCACAGCAAUAAAAGCUAAUCUCUCAGACAAAAAUUCAAAGAAAACCCCAUUGUCUAGCAACCUUUCUGUUCAAAAACUGGAAGCCCAAGGUUCAAAAGGGCGCACACAGUUAUCUAGUUGUUUGAGCCAGAAGUACAACAGACAAGAAGGGACGGAGACGCUCGCUGACCAAGACGACAACAAGGGCAUCAGUAACCGCAGCAACAGCAGCAGCAAGAACGGUGGUAGUGCAGAAUUCCGGUACGUAAAUGGGAUAUUAAGAAGUACAGGAAUCUACAGGGAUGCGUUUGUUUCUAUCACGAGAUGGUUCUCUCCGUAUCACAUUCUCAAUCCAUUAAUCUUCCACUACCUCGAACAUUCCUUCCCUUACUCCAAAAUAGAUUAUAUUGACGAUGACGAAGGAGGAGAAGAAGAAGAAGAAGAAGUUGAUCUGGGUACGAUAAGGCACCGUUGUAACAGAAAGCUGUUAUUCCAAUUAGUAGACGAGAUUCUGGUGGAUCUGGUGAGGCCGUAUCUGAAGAUGAAACCAUGGCUUCGCUCCAGCUCUGGUGGGUUAUUCCCAGUGGGCAUCAGCAAGGACACACAGAUGACGGGUGUGCAGCUUUUGGAACGCCUGUGGUCGUGCAUCCAGAGUUUCCCAGCCGCCAACUGCCAGAUCCUCCAAGACAUUGAUGCCCUGGUAGAGAAGGACAUACCAGAUGCUAGCAUGCGUUCGGUGCUCUCUUACUCUGAGGAAGGCGAAUCGAUCGUCUUUGAGAUCGAACGUUAUAUUCUCGACUCACUCCUUCACGAGAUUGCUGCCGCUUUCGUCUUCGUCGAGCAGAGAAAAAGAAGAAAGAGAGAAAAGCUGAAGAGUUGGAAUGGCUGA